AUGCUGACUAUUAAGGAUCUCUGCAAGCUUAUUUAUAGCGUUAGCCCACUUAUAAAAAUCCAGUGGCUUAAUAAGAAGGUAUUGCUAAUCUUUAGGCACAAGGCAUUUAAGGCAGGUAAAGAAUUUAAGGCAGGCAAGUUAGGUAAAGAAUCUAGGUUAGGUAAAGAAUUUAGGUUUAAAUCUAGGGCGGAAUUUAAGGCAGGCAAAGAAUUUAAGUUAGGUAAAGAAUUUAAGGCAGAAUUUAGGUUAAGUAAAGAAUUUAAGUUAGGUAAAGAAUUUAAGGCAGAAUUUAAGGCAGGUAAAGAAUUUAGGUUAGGUAAAGAAUUUAGGUUAAGUAAAGAAUUUAAGGCAGAAUUUAGGGCAGGUGAAGAAUUUAAGGCAGGUAAAGAUUUUAAAUUAGGUAAAGAAUUUAAGUUAGGUAAAGAAUUUAGGUUAGGCGAAGAAUUUAGGUUAGGUAAAGAAUUUAAGGCAGAAUUUAAGUUAGGUAAAGAAUCUGGGUUAGAAUUUAAGGCAGGUAAAGAAUUUAGGUUUAGUAAAGAAUUUAGGUUAGGUAAAGAAUUUAGGUUUAGUAAAGAAUUUAGGUUAGGUAAAGAAUUUAGGUUUAGGCAGGUAAGUAAAGAAUUUAGGUUUAGUAAAGAAUUUAAGUUUAGUAAAGAUUUUAAGUUAGGUAAAGAAUUUAGGUUAGGUAAAGAAUUUAAGGCAGAAUUUAGGGCAGGCGAAGAAUUUAAGGCAGGUAAAGAAUUUAGGUUAGGUGAAGAAUUUAAGGCAGCUUAUAAGAUAUUAAAAGGGUAUAUUAAUACUAAGGGUUAA